AUGGGCAAUACUUGGUAUGAUUCACAAGGUCAAGACGAGACCUUAGAUCCAUUGGAAUGGGAGUGGGAAUUGGUGGCUGGAGAGCUCAAUCGUGUCACCAUGACCCAGAAAGCCGGUCCCGAGGAAAUUUUAAACAAAAUUUCUUGUUCUUGUGAAACCGACUGUGGCACGAGGCGCAGGUGCCGCCGAAGUGGGUUGGAGUGCUCACUUGCAUGCAAGCAUUGCGAUGGCAAUUGUUCAAACCAAAAAGGCACUUUCAACGGGGUUGGGAAUAGUGUCGAGGAAGAAGAUGAAAAAGGAGAAGAAGAUGAUGAAGGGGAAGAAGAUGAAGAAGGGGAAGAUGAAGAGGAGUUCGAACAAGAUGUUUAG